GAGCUAUAUAGGCGUGGUGUAGGCAAUUGAAUUUCUCCGUGAGACAUUUUACUUCUUGCGAAGGCCUCUGCUGUCCGCUGAGUGACUGCUUGAUUCAUACUUUCUCUUCUUUGCAGCAGAGCAGAAAAUAUUCCUAGACGGUCAUCAUGGUUACCAUCACAGGCGUUGAGACGCGCGAUGUGCGGUUUCCGACUUCCCUCGACAAGACGGGCUCGGAUGCGAUGAAUGCGGCCGGCGACUACUCCGCAGCAUACGCUAUUCUGAAGACGGAUGCGGAGUUCCAGGGGCAUGGCAUGACCUUCACAAUCGGCCGCGGCAACGAGAUUGUCUGCGCCGCCAUCGAGCACCUCGCCGACCGCAUAAAAGGCCGCACACUCGAGUCCCUCGUCGAGAACUGGGGCAAGACGUGGCGCCAUCUGGUCAACGACUCCCAGCUCCGCUGGAUCGGCCCUGAAAAAGGUGUCAUCCACCUCGCUCUCGGCGCCGUCGUAAACGCCAUCUGGGACCUGUGGGCCAAGACGCUGAACAAGCCCGUCUGGCGCAUCGUCGCCGACAUGACGCCCUCGGAAAUUGUCAAGCUCAUCGACUUCCGCUACAUCACCGAUGCCCUCACCCCGGAAGAGGCCCUCGAGAUCCUCACCAAAGCCGAAGACGGCAAAGCCUCCCGCCUCCAGGAAGCCCUCGAAAGCAAGGCCGUCCCUGCGUACACGACCUCGGCGGGCUGGCUUGGCUACGGCCAGGACAAGAUGAAGGCGCUGCUGAAGGAGACGCUGGAUAAGGGGUACCGUCAUUUCAAGCUCAAGGUCGGGAGUGAUGUCGCGGAAGACCGGACGAGGCUGAGCAUUGCGAGGGAGGUGAUUGGGUUCGACAAGGGUAAUGUGUUGAUGGUGGAUGCAAAUCAGGUGUGGAGCGUGCCUGAGGCCAUCGAGUACAUGAAGCAGUUGGCCGAGUUCAAGCCGUGGUUCAUUGAGGAGCCGACGAGCCCGGAUGAUGUGCUCGGACACAAGGCCGUCAGGGAAGCCUUGAAGCCGUACGGCAUCGGUGUGGCAACGGGCGAGAUGUGCCAGAACCGCGUCAUGUUCAAGCAGUUCCUCGCCGCAGGCGCCAUCGACGUAUGUCAGAUCGAUGCGUGCCGCCUUGGCGGUGUGAACGAGGUCAUUGCCGUCUUGUUGAUGGCCGCGAAAUUCAAUGUCCCCAUCGUACCCCACAGCGGUGGUGUUGGUCUUCCCGAGUACACUCAGCAUCUGUCAACCAUUGACUACAUCUGCGUCUCGGGUAAGAAGUCCGUCCUCGAGUAUGUGGACCACCUGCACGAGCACUUCCACCACCCUUCAGAGAUCAAGGAGGGCCACUAUGUCACGCCUAUGAGCCCCGGUUACAGUGUUGAGAUGAAGCCCGAGAGCAUGGACAGGUUUUCGUACCCCGGAAAGGAGGGUGUGAGCUGGUGGAAGAGCGAAGAGGCGAGACCAAUUUUGGAAGGCGAGAGGAUAUAGAGCAAUAUCACGUUCAAAGCAACGGAGCUGGAGACACAACAAAUGAAAUCCAUUCGACAAAGAGGUUUAUUCGUGCAAGCUAAUCUCUAGAGUAGACCUCGCGCCGACUAACUUUCAGAGCCCAUAAUCCAUUGUACACGCCCAGGGCGAUGCGGUUGUGGUUGAGAAGGCGCAGAGGAUGGCACAGAGGAAAGGCUGGGACUGGGU